UUUAGUUUCAGUAUAAAUAUCUAUGUCUGAUGUUAAAUUAAGCGAGAUACGAAAAAAAUGAGUUACCUAUUUGAUUGAAAAAAAAUGCAUCUUAACUUCUUCAUGUCUGAAAUGAGAAUCGUCCUUUUCAUUAGCUCUCGUAAAAGAAGCAUCGGAAUCGGCUGAAAUGUCGGGACGUGACCUUUCUCGAAAUUUCACUCGACCCCGCCGCCACAAUUUCUCGUCCUGCGGCGGAGGACUCGCAAGACGCGCGAGAACCACGUGCGAGGGGCCUGUCGGCCGGGAUAUCCCGACGUGAUCGAUAACGAGGGCGUGUAUCGACGGGAUAUUUCACUCUCGCUGGAUUCGCGUCGACCCGGGGGAUGCCCGGCGCGCGCGCAACCAGCGAGCGGACACGGCGGGACGCGUUUCUCUCGCGACCCACCGCGUCAGGUCGAACAGUCGUGGACGGGUCGACGGAAAAGUGUUCUCGUCCGGGAACCCGCGUACUCUUCUUCACCUGGCGGAGCGACACGUGAUCUGCCCUCGUCUCGUCUCGUCUCGGUGGUUCGCGCCUCCCGGUCGUCGUCGACAGCCCCGCGGACGAAAAGUCGCGAGGCGACCCGUGUCCCUUGGCGGGACACCACGAGCGAACUCUUGUAUACAUUGUGCAUAACUGCUUGAUCAUCGCGCCUACAUGUGAUACCGCGGUAUCACUGGACUGGUGUCGGCUUGUUGUCGAGACUCCCGCGUCGCCUCGUGAUCAUCGGCGACGCACCAGUUGCACGGCGUGUGCGAAGUCGGUUAACCCUAUCUCGUGACGAGUUCCCCGGCCAGAUGACAACUGGAUAGUGUGCAUCGGCGUGACGCUCCUCGCGAGCCGUGCAUUCUCCCCCCUCGGGUGUCCGCUGCAAGUCGAACUUUAGGACGCGGUUACUCACGGGUGAAGCGCAACUCGCGAAUAUCGAUGCGAACGUCGAGUAUGGUGCUGAAGUCGGACAACGGAAACGACGACGUCGACGACGUCGGCCCGCGCACGCAGCGCGCAAGCACGAUCGACGAGCACCAGCGACGACGAUUCGCGACGACCUCGAUGCAUUAAAGCGCGGGUGUGUCAGAUGCGAUCGAAAUGUCGUUUUUUGGACGGAAAACGGGCGGUGGCGGCGACAGUGGCGGCGGCUCCGAGCACACCGGCCGUAACCUGCAGGACGGCCUAUUCCAAAUCGCGUCGCAGGCCUGCCAUAUCCUGGUGCAGGUGAACAACACGCACAACGUUUCCUACGGCGGCAGCAACAAUGUCAACAACAUCGCGUAUUCGAAGUAUUCCACUGCCGGUGGCGGCUCCACCGUUACGGCCACUUCGUCGUCGACGACGACGAAGGGGGCCACCACUGCCAAGGCGUACCCGAAAUACGCGGAGCCACGGGAGAAGGACCAGGAUGUGGUGGUGUUGCUGCCACACCGCAAGAACAGAACGCCACGACUCAAGCACAAAUUGUCGACCGUGUCCGAAAACGCACGGUUGGACGUGAACUCCCCGAGCGGCGACGACGACUUGGAGUUAUGGGACCAGUCGGGAUUUAUGUUGAGGACCGAUGUGGACGACCCCCUCACGAACGCAAAAUGGGGCGCGCAGGGCUGGUGCAGGCCCAGCUGCAUACCAAUCACGAUCAUACUGAUCUUGAUCGUCCUGGUGGUGCUGCUGCCGCUGCUGGACCACGCGGCGGACAAGUAUGCGCUGAACGCGAGCGCGUUCGACGCGGAGUCCACGUGCAUGGACCGUUGCACGGUGUCCUUGGUGGAGACGAUACCGUUGGGCAUGAAUUACAGCGAUAACGCGCCCUGGCACGAGGCCACUCACGACUCCUGGAUGGAUCUGAUCGGGAUGGCGCAAGACACGAUCGAGAUCGCAUCGCUCUAUUGGACGAUGAAAAGGGAAGACGUGUUCCCCGAUGACAGCGCCAAGGAGGGUGAGCAAGUGUUCCAAUCGCUCCUAGAGGCUGGAAGGGACAGGUAUAUUAAGCUCAAAAUAGUGCAGAACAUGCCCUCCCGCCUGUCGCCGAGCACCGACACAGUAAUUUUGGCUAAGAAGGCUAACGCGCAGGUGAGAAGUUUGAACUUUGCUGCCUUGCUGGGCGGCGGUGUACUUCAUACCAAGCUGUGGCUCAUCGAUCGCACCCACGUAUAUGUGGGUUCGGCAAAUAUGGACUGGCGAUCACUCUCGCAAGUGAAGGAGCUCGGUUUGAUGGCUCUGAAUUGUUCGUGUUUAGCGAAAGAUUACGCCAAAAUAUUCGACGUGUACUGGAAGUUAGGAUACGACGGUAUAGUGCCUUCCACGUGGCCGGAUUCCCUCAGCACAAAGAUAAACAUAGAUAAUCCCAUGAAUUUUACGUACAUGGAUAAUAAGUACAGACUAUUCAUCGCGAGCUCACCCCCGCCGUUCUCGCCGAGAGGCAGGAGUUACGAUCUAGACGCGAUCUUGCACUGCAUCGCCAAGGCGGAGAAGUUCAUUUAUAUCUCCGUGAUGGAUUACUUCCCGCUGACCAUCUAUACUGCGCAAGUAAAAUACUGGCCUAUAAUAGACAACGCCCUAAGGGCGGCGGCGAUCGAGCGUAAGAUAGAGGUGCGCCUCUUGAUCUCCUGGUGGAAGCACUCGAGACCGUCCGAAACGUAUUUCCUGAAGUCGCUGCAGGACUUGACGUCCAGCUACGCGAACGUUAAAAUCGAGGUGAAGCGGUUCAUCGUGCCCACGAAUCCGCGCUUCGACAGAAUACCGUUCUCGAGGGUGAACCAUAAUAAGUAUAUGGUGACCGACGUGGCAGCUUACAUUGGUACGAGCAAUUGGUCGGGCGAUUACUUCAUCAACACGGCCGGCAUCGGCACCGUGUUCGAGAACGUCGGACAACAGACUAAGAACAAUAUCAGGCAACAGCUGGAGGAUAUCUUCCAUCGCGAUUGGUAUUCUGAUUACUCUUUCCCGCUGAAUAUAAGCGAGACGCGUUUCGAGAACGCGUGGAGCUUGUCGAGGAGCACGUAUCAUCAUUCGUCGCACGAGCCUUACAUACACGCGUAAUUAGCGCGAGAUCGAUUCGCGGCGCAAUCAGCGAAGAAUUCCGCGUCGCGUCGGACACACAAGAGAUCGCGGGCUUCUCUCGCCUCUCUCGACUCUCCGCGCGCGAGAUUCCUCCGCGUGUUCCUCCACCGCAUUUCCUGCAUGCCCGAGAGUCAUUUUGAUAGAUAUUUUCUGAGCCCCUCGAGGGGACACCAUGGAUCAUUUCUCAAUUUACAAUUAUAUGUUGCUGCCGUCUACACGCAGGACGCUUCUUAUGCGCCACGACGCAACGCGCAAAGCGUUUUUUUUUAAGGAUAACGCCUCUUUAACCCCUUGAGUGUGUAUGUAUCAUAUAUAUACAUCUUAAAGCACACCGAUUUAUCCUUUUGCGAUUUGUACGAAGCUUGGUAUCUUGAAUCUUACAAUUCCUGAGCUCUCUGAAUCCGAAUAUAACAUGAGAACCUCAAAAUUCAAAAUGGUAGCUCCAAUAUGGCGAAUCAAGAGUUCGGUUUUUAUAAAAAUGAUUGUAUUAAAAUUUUCGCUGAAUACAAAUAUGAUACCUGAGUCUCAAAAUUCAAAAUGGCGGAUCAGAAAUUGGAAAAAUAAUUGGAUUUUUAUAUUUUUGUCCACCAUUUUGAAAUUCUAAUAUCAUAUUCGGAUUCAGUGAUCUUGAAAACCUUAAUACUAAAAUCGUAGCGGAAAUGUAAGCAGAAACUUUUUCACACGCCGGUGCCACGGAAAUCUCAUGUUCGACACACAGUCAAGGGAUUAAGGAACUAAGUUGCGCAAGUACUUAACGGAUAAGUUAGCAGCCAGUGAUAUUUGAAAUUAAUGUCUACAUCUUUUAUAUAUAAAUAUUUUUUUAAAGAUUUAUUACGUUAUUUCGAUCGUGACUCGAGUUCGAAAUUAAAUAAAUUCACUCCGCAGCAACGCCGAGUGGACGGUCAAGCUUGGUGCAGUCUUUUUGUACGUUUACUAGCAAUUAAGUGUCUCUCUUUCUUUCUGUCUGUCGCUCUCUCUCUCUCUCUCUCUCUUUCUCUCUCUCUCCUUCUCUCAAGCGUCUCCUUUCCACGAUCCGCUUUCUGAAGGUCUCCGUAAUCCUUGAUCUCUCUUUAAAGCUUCGGGAAAUCGUAUCGAAGAAAAAUAACCGUAAGAAGCAGAUCGGAUUAGCGAUAUCAGUUCUUCCCUUAUGUGCAAUUACAGAUCUCGUCUCGCUGGCGUCAUUGCCAUUCCCGUUAUCGUCAUUACACAUGUCGCUGCGUGUACAACAGUGUAUACCUCUCGCGUGCUUAACCGGCGUAUCGUUUAACGCGUGAGAUAAAAAGUAACAUGUGCCUUACAAGAAACGUUUUCGCGAAGGGCACGGCACACGGUUCACGAUAUUCACGAUAGCUACUAUAUUGCUCUACACACCCAGAUGUAAUAUAAAUGUGCGUAUCGUUCCUCCGCGUUCUUCCAUGUGUAAGUCAACGAUCUGCCCGGGUGAGACUCGUCCGAGCCGCUACUUGCGUUGUGCCUGUUAUUUGCUAUAUCUGUAUCUCUCUCUCUCUCUCCCUCUUUCUCCAAAUGGGACCUGACUAUCGACCAAUUUUAUUGGCAAACAGUGGAGAGACGAAACGCGCCCGCCUAGCUAAGAGCCUUCGCCCAGGAAUGUCCAUAACACGUUAACUUAAUGCAUUGACGUCAGAUGACUUCUAGAUGCGUCAUCUUGGUCCGGUUUUGACGCAAAAAAACGUUUGAGUUCUUGGGUCCGGAUGACGCAAAAAAAUGUCACUGGGAUUUUUAUAUAUCUGUCUUAGAAAUUUAUAAAGCAUAAAUAAUAAAUUUAUAAAGCACUAUAAA